CUUCUCGUUGCGAGGCCGGUUCCCUUCCGCCAUCAUCAGCCGUGUUACAUCCCGGUCACCAAAACAAGUCGGGCAAUAAAUAAUAAUGCCUGUCCAUCCCCCAGGAGCGGUUCUACCAGGCUCCAGACGAAACUCCACGACUCCAAUGCGAUGAGCGACUCAAAUAAUCGGGACAGCAACGGCAGUCCCGCCCACCGCAAUUCCUUCGCCGACGCCCAGCAGCGUCUGGCCGCCCGCCGGCAAGCACGCGAGGCCGAGGUCGCCGCCCGCCUCGCGACCCAGCAAUCCGCUUCGCAACUGCGCACACGGAUCGCCGCCACGCAAUCCCCGCUCCUCCGCAGAAUAGGAACAUCCACACUGUCCCUCUGGGACACCAUCUCCAGCCGCGAGGGCACGCGCCCGGCCUUCCGCGUGGGACAGGUCGAUGCGGAACUGCUCGACGAGGAGCUGGUCGAGUUGCUGCGCGGACAGGUGGGCGACGCGCUGAAGUAUAUAGGCGGCCGGGUUGGAGGCGGCGGGGCCGGGAGCAGCCACCCGCUCCUGCACGACUGGGAGGCUGAGAUAUCGCUUGCCCUGCGGGCCGUGCUUUUCAAGCUGACUGUGUGGGACCACGAUGCAACGUAUGGCGCGGCUCUGCAGAACCUCACGUACACGGACGCGCGGCGCGAUGGGCCCACGCUGGUGCCGCCGACUAGGUGGCAGAAGUCGCUGUAUGGAUUGGUGACGGUGGGAGGAAGGUACCUGUGGGCAAAGUGGGAGGAUUGGUUGCUGGAGCAGGACGACGGAUAUGAGGGACCGAGUCCGGGCGUACAACGACUGUCGAGAUGGACGUCGACGCUGUCGACGAUGCACGCCGCUGCGGCCUUUGCCUCUUUUUUGGUCUUUCUGCUGCACGGGAGAUACCGGACUCUCCUGGACAGGAUCCUGCGCAUGCGCUUGGCUCCGCCAACGAGCCAGGUCAGCCGGGAAGUAUCCUUCGAGUACCUCAACCGGCAGCUUGUGUGGCACGCGUUUACGGAAUUCCUGCUCUUCGUGCUGCCAUUGGUGGGCAUAAAUCGUUGGAAACGGUGGCUGGCCCGGACGUGGCGCAAGACGAAGAAGAUCAUGAGCACAGGCGCCGAGGGCGCGGCCGACGAGAAGAAGGGCGAGUAUGCAUUUCUGCCGGAGCGGACAUGCGCCAUCUGUUACGAGGACCAGAACUCCGCAACCAACGAAAACGAACUAAUGGCCGCCGCCUCGAGCGGAGUGGUUGGGUCGGCACAGACAGAUGUCACGAAUCCGUACGAGGCGAUCCCGUGCGGGUGCAUCUACUGCUUUGUUUGCCUCGCGACGAGGAUAGAGAGAGAGGAAGGGGAGGGAUGGCCGUGUCUGCGUUGCGGAGAGCUCAUCAAGGAGUGCAAGCCCUGGGCCGGAGACGUGUUGGAGCCUGAAGUGAAGCCACCUGCCCCGAAGACAGUGGUGUUUGCCGACGAUGUGAAAAGCCCUUCAGACGAGGAAGACGACGCACACGAGGGCACUCCACAGGUCCUCGUAGAGGAUGAUGCCGACAUGAGUUUAGAGAACCUUCGUCCGCAAACACCCAGCGUGGCGUCAGACCAGGCGGACAACUCGGGCGGUUUCGAGUCCGAGGAUUAUGAAGCGGAAGAAGAUGAAUUGGCAGAGGACAUGGCGAGGUAGCAUCCGUUGUACAAUACAAUACCCUAAUGGUCGCUAUCGACAGCCCAACGCCUUGGGCAGACAGCUCCCGGUAUAUCGUGUAUACAUAUAGCCUACCGGCACACAGCAGAGGACACCCGCAGAUCUAAAUUCUGAGUGGUUCUUUCGCGUUGCGACACCUGCGUAUCUAGCGAGUCAGAGACAUUGUCGCUUAUCUGAUGAACACUGGCCGCGUCAAUGAGCC